AUGUCAACCGAUCUCCUGCUUCAAGAGCCGGUGCGAAAAUCACGAAAACGACGCUCAAGCGGUGAUGCCGAACUGCCGAAUCAUUCGUUCGGACGCACGCUGAAACAAUAUUCGGUUCAGGAAAAACUCGAGAUCAUUGGUUUCGCGAAGUUGAGCGGCAAUCGCGCGGCGGGACGGCAAUUCAAUGUGGCCGAGAGCAGCAUCAGGGAAUGGCGAAAGAACGAGAAAAAGCUAUUAAGCAACCUCAAUGCUGUUGCCGGGAUGUCGAAUGUGAAUACCAAUAACAACGAUACUAAAAGUGUUUCAGAUGACAUGAAGCAGGUGGAGAAAUUUGCUCAAGCUUUGAUGUUUUCCCAAUUCCUCCUCGAUCUUCCGAUGACGCAGAAAGCUGUAGAAUCGGUCGGGAGCGUAAGCACUCCGAGCUCUACGAGCUCAUUGUCGUCGGCAUCAACACCGCCGCCAUCGCUUUCUCCAAUACCCACAAAUCUGACUGGAUCAGGCAGAAGAAAGGCUCGACAACCGCAAAAAGUGCUUCAAGAGCCGUAA